CAGUCCAGUGAGAGACUCUCCUACAGGCACGGAGGGUGAUUGGGAGAAGAGGGGGCAGCGAGGGGCUUGUCAUGGGGAUCCGUGCUACGAGACGGCAUUGGUAGCAUCUGGGGACUUCCAGGGGGACAGGAAGUGUCAACGCCCGGGACCCCGGCGCCAGCUCCGCUGGGGGGAUCCCCGCUGCUCUAGUCUUUGGGAGGGAGGGGAAAAAGGAGGGAGCCCUGAUCUCGCCCCGCCCCUGGGCUUGUUACCGCGGGGGCGGGGAGUGAGGGCUUCUUUUGGGGGGAGUGGAGAUCGGGGGACUCGGCUGUGCCCUCUUGAGCGGCGGCCGGUGUCCCCGCGGCGCCGGGCUGCCGAGCAGAGGAGCCGCGGCGGCCGUGGCUGUUGCAUGUGUGGCUGCUGGAUGCGGAGGCGGCGGCGGCGGCGGCGGCGAGGAGCAGCAGCGGCGGCAGGAUGUUAGGGCAGCAGCAGCAGCAACUAUACUCGUCGGCCGCGCUCCUGACCGGGGAGCGGAGCCGGCUCCUCACCUGCUACGUGCAGGACUACCUCGAGUGUGUGGAGUCGCUGCCCCACGACAUGCAGAGGAACGUGUCUGUGCUUCGGGAGCUGGACAACAAAUAUCAAGAAACAUUAAAGGAAAUUGAUGAUGUCUAUGAAAAAUAUAAGAAAGAAGAUGAUUCAAACCAGAAAAAACGCCUACAGCAGCAUCUCCAGAGAGCAUUAAUCAAUAGUCAGGAAUUGGGAGAUGAAAAAAUUCAGAUUGUCACGCAGAUGCUCGAAUUGGUGGAAAAUCGGGCAAGGCAGAUGGAGCUGCACUCACAGUGUUUUCAGGAUCCUGCUGAAGGUGAGCGCACCUCGGAUAAGGCAAAGAUGGAUUCCAGCCAGCCAGAAAGAUCUUCCAGAAGACCCCGCAGACAGAGAACCAGUGAAAGCCGUGAUUUAUGCCACAUGACGAACGGGAUUGAAGACUGUGAUGAUCAGCCACCUAAAGAAAAGAAAUCCAAGUCAGCCAAGAAAAAGAAGCGCUCCAAGGCCAAGCAGGAGAGGGAAGCUUCGCCUGUUGAGUUUGCAAUAGAUCCCAAUGAACCUACAUACUGUUUAUGUAACCAAGUGUCUUAUGGGGAAAUGAUCGGAUGUGACAAUGAACAGUGUCCAAUUGAAUGGUUUCACUUUUCAUGUGUCUCACUCACCUAUAAACCAAAGGGGAAAUGGUAUUGCCCAAAGUGCAGGGGAGAUAAUGAGAAAACAAUGGACAAAAGUACUGAGAAGGCAAAAAAGGAUAGAAGAUCGAGGUAGUAAAUGCCAUCCACAUUUUAAAAGGUUAUUUGUCUUUUAUAUAAUUCUUUCAGAAUUUACUUUCAGAAAAUGUUUUAGGGUAAAUGCAUAAGACUAUGCAAUAAUUUUUAAUCAUUAGUAUUAACGGUGUAUUAAACGUUGUUGUACUUUGUCUGUGACCUUAAUUUUCUGCACUGAAUUACCAAAUAUUUUAAACCAGGUAGUCUUUAGAUCGCCUGAUGAAAGGAGCAGGGAAUAGGGAGAGGGUGGUGUGAGCAUUAGAACUUCACAAACCAGGCCUAUUUCAUUUUCAUUGAAAACUACAAUGCUGUUUCUGAGGUAAACACCAAAGUUUUGCUAGUAUUUUAGUUCUCUGUGCUUUAAAAAUUUAGAUGGAGUUCUCUGUAAGCAUUCAGAUCAUCUCGGGUAAUUUAAGGUAUGAACACUACAUUUAGAGCUUCUUUCUCCCUAGCCCCAUUUAUACAUACACUUGUUCAUCUCUAGGCUUCCAUGAAUUUAAGGAGCUAGAGAUAAGAAUAAUUUGGGAUUCCAUGUGGAAUAAUGUGCUCUUAUUAGAGUAUUUGCUGCUGUAUUUUCCUUAGUAGCAUUUUGAUACACUGUCAGUAGCCCAUUUGUAAAUGCCUUCCUGCUGCAUCAUAGAUACAUUUAAUCUAGUGCUUAAUAAGGGAGUUGUGUUUUGUUUUGUUUUGUUUUAAUUGGGACAGGCAAGCAUAGUUAGGAUACCAAAAAUGGUGCCAUUGGCUUAUAUUGGAAAAUUUGGGGUUCUGUAGUAUCAUGGUUCAAGGUUGAGCAAUUUAGAAAAAGCGUCUUCUUUAAAAACAUUUUCCACGUGACCCACUGCUGAGUUGCCUAGCCACGGGCCUAUCAGUGGGGACAAGGGCAUAUACUAGUCUUUAAAUAUUGCCUUUAUGUCAAACAGGAGUUUCAAUAGUUUUGCUAGUGGCUAUAGUUGAUUUCUGUCCCAAUCAGUGAUUAUAUAUUAUUUUAAGUAAUAGUGUAUUCACUUUCACUUUCUGGUACUGGUGCUGUUUGAUGUUUUCAUGUUUAAUGAACUAAUUUCAUUAUAACAAUGCAAUUAAUAAUGUAUUUGUAAAUUGAAUUUUCCAAGAUCCUGGUACUUUAAGAGUAAGCAUAUUGAUGGAUAUAUAUGAACAUAUAUUCGGAGAAUUGUUUGGUCUGGGGGAGGAGGCAGAUGAUUGACCAGUCCUUUAAAUCUGUGUGUAACGUAACUUUUUAUUCCUCAUUUCUUCCUAAUCUGAUGAUCUCGAUUCUUUUUGAUUAGCGUGAAAAAUUCUGUCUGCUUGUUUGGAACAAAAAAAAAAAAAUUGUUUUUUCUUCUUCUAACUCUCCUGUGUGACUUUUAGGCAUGUUAUUUCCUCUCAUCUGGGUGUCCAGUUACACAUCUGUAAUACAAAAUACAAGGUUGGCUUCAAUAUCUCCAAGGUUUUUUUGAAAUCUAUAGUUUUUGCACUAUGGUAAGGAUUUUAAUAAUCAAAUGACUUGUUUUUCUCUUUGGUUAAUUUUGUCCCUCAUACUGAGAUAUGAAAAUACUUUAAAGGUGAUCUUUGAGACAGGUAAAUGCACAAUAUUUGAUUAACUUCUGUCCUAAGGAUAUUUUGCUUGAUGACUGGAACUAGUUGGUUAUAUUACUUCUUGAGCGAGAAGUAUUAGACAGCAUGAUGAAGAAUUUAUUUGUUGUAACAUAGUUGAGUUGUAAAGACAUUCUUUUCUCUCUUGAAAAUACAGCAUUUUGUCUUAGUGAUGACAUCCUUAUUACCAAGAUAGAGCUGUUUACCUGACACCAUUAAAAAUAUCGGUAUGUACAAAGUCUCCAAAAGCUUUCAGAUGUCACUAUAUGGAAGUCAACGCUUUUUCAUACGUUAAAUUUCCCUUAGCUUAUGGGGAAAACAAAAUAAACUUCAUAACAGCGGCCCCAAAUUUGGAUUAGGCUUGCUAGGAAAACAGACAUGGAGAAUCCUGUAAAAUGUGCUCUCUUCAAGACCUAAUGUUUGAAACAGUCUUAUUCUUACGAAUUUUUUGUUUGUUUUCUGUACCAUACCACACAGGAAAUAGAAGUCUUAAGUUUGCAUAACAUUUUGACUGGGAUUUCUUUUUUAAGUAUUCUAGGUUUCAUAUACUAUCUCAUAUCAUGGUUAUUAACUCAUGCUAUAAACCAGGGGUUCCUAAACUUGUCUCAGAGUUACUUCAAGAGUUUCAAGAAAUACAGAUAUCUCUCUCCCACACCCAA